UAAUAAUUUCAUUAUUUGAUGCAUAUAAAAUGCCUAAGCAUUCUGGAGUUAAUACUAAGGCCGUGGAGGCCCUUCAGAGGCGGAAAGAGCAGAAGGAGCUGGCCGCUCAAAUUAAAGAGCAAGAAAGGCUAGAUAAGCUCUGGCAAGACGAUGAUAAAUUAAAUAAAGCUAAGCAAGAGCGGAAGAAUGAACAGUUACGUAAACAUCAAGAGAAGUUGGAGAAGCGUGCCGAGUUGCGUAAAUUAAUAGAAAAAGAAGAGUCUGAACUUAAUUCUAAUAAAAAACUACCUAAGGGUUCUCCUGUACCGAAGGUUACAAGGGCAGAGUGCUUAAAGAAUCAACUAUUGCAACUAGAAAAACAAAAGGAUUCUCUAAAAGAAGAGGAAUAUUUGGUAUUAAAUGACGGUGAAUUAAUGGCUAAUGAAAACCAUCAAUUAUUGUUUGAACAACUUGAUCUUGAAGAUAAAAACGUUGAUCUCAUCACAGCUUCUGGAAUUGAUAAUGUGUUGAGUUCUUUACAAAUUGAUAAGGAACAAAAAUCACUCAAAACAACUUACAUGGCAUUUCAAGAGCGCAAGAUGGCUGAGUUAAAGGAAGAAUAUCCGAAUCUCAAAUUAUCGCAAUAUAAAGAUAUGAUCUACAAACUUUGGAAGAAAUCACCUGAGAAUCCUCUCAACAAUACUUAAUAUUUUUCAC